GGAGGAUGAGGAGACUCUGAGGGGAAGUUUGUUCGCCGCCGCCGCCGCCGCCGCGGGCCCUGUGAGGAGGAACCGCCGCCGGGGAGAGCGGGAUCGCGGUGUGUUCCCCCCCCGCCCCUCCGCCGCCAUGGGGAACCGGGGCAUGGAGGAGCUCAUCCCGCUGGUGAACAAGCUGCAGGACGCCUUCAGCUCCAUCGGGCAGAGCUGCCACCUCGACCUGCCUCAGAUCGCCGUGGUGGGCGGGCAGAGCGCGGGCAAGAGCUCGGUGUUGGAAAACUUCGUGGGCCGGGACUUCCUUCCCCGAGGCUCUGGAAUUGUCACCCGGCGACCUCUCAUCCUGCAGCUCAUCUUCUCCAAGACAGAAUAUGCCGAGUUUUUGCACUGCAAAUCCAAAAAGUUCACGGAUUUCGACGAGGUGCGGCAGGAGAUCGAAGCGGAAACCGACCGGGUGACGGGGACCAACAAGGGCAUCUCUCCUGUCCCCAUCAACCUCCGCGUCUACUCGCCCCACGUGUUGAACCUGACUCUGAUCGACCUCCCGGGGAUCACCAAAGUGCCAGUGGGGGACCAGCCGCAGGACAUCGAGUACCAGAUCAAAGAGAUGAUCCUGCAGUUCAUCAGCCGGGAGAGCAGCCUCAUCCUGGCCGUCACGCCGGCCAACAUGGACCUGGCCAACUCGGACGCCCUCAAGAUGGCAAAAGAAGUUGAUCCUCAAGGACUGAGGACCAUCGGCGUCAUCACCAAGCUGGACCUGAUGGAUGAAGGCACAGACGCCAGAGACGUGCUGGAGAACAAGCUGCUUCCUUUACGACGAGGCUACAUCGGCGUGGUCAACCGAAGCCAGAAGGACAUCGACGGUAAGAAGGACAUCAGGGCGGCGCUGGCAGCCGAGAGGAAGUUCUUCCUCUCCCACCCCGCUUACCGGCACAUGGCCGACCGCAUGGGCACCCCUCACCUGCAGAAAGUCCUCAACCAGCAACUCACCAACCACAUUCGGGAGACGCUGCCUUCGCUGCGCAGCAAACUGCAGAGCCAGCUGCUCUCCCUGGAGAAGGAGGUGGAGGAGUACAAGAACUUCCGCCCCGACGACCCCACGCGAAAAACCAAAGCUUUGUUACAGAUGGUCCAGCAGUUCGGCGUGGACUUCGAGAAGAGGAUCGAAGGUUCUGGAGACCAGGUGGACACGUUGGAACUCUCCGGGGGCGCCAGGAUCAACCGCAUUUUCCACGAGAGGUUCCCCUUUGAGCUGGUGAAGAUGGAGUUUGAUGAGAAGGACUUGAGGAGAGAGAUAAGCUACGCCAUCAAAAACAUCCACGGAGUGAGGACGGGGCUUUUCACCCCCGAUUUGGCUUUUGAAGCCAUCGUGAAAAAACAGAUUGUAAAGCUCAAAGAGCCCAGUUUGAAAUGUGUCGACCUGGUGGUCUCCGAACUGGCCACCGUCAUUAAAAAAUGUGCCGAGAAGCUUGGUUCCUACCCCAGGUUACGGGAGGAGACGGAGAGGAUCGUCACCACUCACAUCCGGGAGCGGGAAGGCAAAACCAAGGACCAGAUCCUCCUCCUCAUCGACAUCGAGCUCUCCUACAUCAACACCAACCACGAGGACUUCAUCGGAUUCGCCAACGCCCAGCAGAGGAACACCCAGACCAACAAGAAAAGAGCCAUCCCCAACCAGUGGACAAUCUAG